UGUGCUUUACCAGCGACCAGCUAGAAGCAGAGUCCGGGGCCUGGCAGAAACCAAGCGCCACUGCCAACGUGCGCCGGCGCUUCCCGGCUUCCGUGCCGCGCAAGUCCGGCCCUCCGUGGUGGGACGCGAUCCAAACAGAAGUCCAAGCCAUUGGCUUCGGCGGGCCGAAAUCGCGCUGCCAUCGCCUCUCCACUCCACUCCACCAUCGUUAUCCCCCUCCCCCCUUCACGCCGCCGGCGCGUCGCGAUCUAGCUCCGGGAUGCUCGCGCCGCUUCCGCGCUUGACUAGCGCGCUCCGCGGGCACUUCGACGCCGACCAGGCGUACCUCCUCCGCAAGCCCGUCCUCCAGGCCCUCACCCUCCCCAGGCCGCAUGACGAGUGGGAGCUCGCCCGGAAGAUCGUGCCCGGCUGGGACGACGCUUCCAGUGAAGUGCGCCAGGCAUAUAAACAAUUUAUCAGGGCUGUGGCGGAGAUGUUGAAUGGAGAGGUAGUGUCUGAAGAACUCCAUGAAGUUGCUCAGACUGCAUAUGCCAUGUUUGGUGGCGAUGACAUGGAGUAUGAUGCCGCCCAAAGAGCCUUUGUCAAAAGGAGUGAAUUGGAAAGGCUUGUGGGCUAUACUGUACAAGAUUCAGUUCUAAAGAAGCUAGCUCAAUUAGCUCAGAAGCUCGGUUCCCUUCAAAGGGCAAGCACCCAUGAAUUUGCCCACAGGAUAGCAGAUGAUGUAGAUGAAAAUGAGAGAAGUGAAUUUGGAGCAAACUUUGAUUUCAAGCCACCUGCUCGUUUCGUUAUUGAUGUUUCUCUUGACAUACCCUUAGGAAGUGCUGAAUUGGGCAGUGAAACAUUUGAAAAAGGGCAGUAUGAUGCUUGGAGCACAUCCGCAACUCGUAAUUCAACUGCUAUUAGGGGUUCUGUGAGUUUGAGGUGGCUGAAAGAUCAAUGCGAUUUGAUAACUAGAAGUGAUGGCUCGUUCUCAGGAGAUGAACUUGCAAUGGCCUUGUGCAGAGUGCUCCUAUCAAAUAAAGCAGGCGAUGAGAUAGCUGGUGAGCUGUUGGACCUGGUUGGCGACACUGCAUUUGAAAUAGUUCAGGAUCUUCUUUUGCAUAGAAAAGAGCUAGUAGAUGCAAUUCAACAUGGAUUGGCGAUAUUGAAAUCUGAGAAAAUGACCUCAAGUAAUCAACCAAAGAUGCCAACUUAUGGCACACAGGUAACUGUACAAACAGAGUCUGAGCGCCAACUUGAUAAGAUUAGGAGGAAAGAGGAAAAACGUGGCAAACGUGGUGCAGACACUGGCAAUGGUGAUAUUGGUGUCGAUGAUUUCUCAUCCCUUCUUUUGGCAAGUGAAAGAAAGCAGCCAUUUGAUGAUGUGAUUGGUACUGGAGAAGGGGCAGAUAGUUUUACAGUAACUUCCCUUCCUCAAGGAACCACAAGGAAACACAUGAAGGGCUAUGAAGAAGUGAAGAUUCCACCAACUCCAACAGCAUCACUGAAACCCAAUGAGAAGCUGAUUGAAAUAAGAGAAUUAGAUGAGUUCGCCCAAGCAGCAUUCCAGGGAUACAAGUCACUCAAUCGUGUGCAGAGUCGCAUUUUCCAAGCUACAUACUACACCAAUGAGAAUAUUCUAGUUUGUGCCCCAACAGGUGCUGGGAAAACAAAUAUUGCAAUGAUUGCAGUUCUUCAUGAGGUUAAACAGCACUUUAGGGAUGGCAUUUUACAUAAAAAUGAGUUUAAGAUAGUCUAUGUUGCUCCAAUGAAGGCCUUGGCUGCAGAGGUAACAGCGACAUUCAGUCACCGAUUAUCUCCAUUGAACCUGGUCGUUAGGGAACUUACAGGAGAUAUGCAGUUGACCAAAAAUGAGAUUGAAGAAACACAGAUGAUAGUGACUACUCCUGAGAAGUGGGAUGUCAUUACACGCAAAAGUAGUGACAUGUCACUUUCAAUGCUGGUUAAGCUGAUAAUUAUUGAUGAAGUGCACCUCCUAAAUGAUGAAAGAGGUUCAGUAAUUGAGGCACUAGUAGCUCGGACUCUCCGCCAGGUUGAGUCUAUGCAAUCGAUGAUUCGCAUUGUUGGCCUAUCUGCUACCCUGCCUACCUACUUAGAGGUUGCACAAUUUUUGCGGGUUAAUCCGGAGACUGGCCUUUUCUUUUUUGAUUCAAGUUAUCGUCCAGUUCCUCUUGCUCAGCAAUACAUUGGGAUCAGUGAAAGGGAUUACACUAAGAAAACUGAACUAUUCAAUACUUUGUGCUAUGAGAAGGUUGUGGAUUCCAUUAAGCAAGGUCACCAAGCAUUGGUUUUUGUUCAUACUCGUAAGGAUACUGGGAAGACUGCUAGGACCCUGAUUGACCUAGCUGCAAAAGCAGGGGAGCUGGAAUUAUUUUCAAGCGCAGAUCAUCCCCAGUUUCCAUUAAUCAAGGUAUAUGGUUACCUUAUGGUUUCAUUGACCAUUAAUACAGUAACUGUUAUUUACUUAGUAUUAUGGGUGCAGAAAGAUGUUGGUAGAGCAAAAAGUCGUGAAGUUGUUGAAUUUUUCGAAUCUGGGUUUGGCAUACACAAUGCUGGAAUGAUACGUUCUGACAGAAGUUUGAUGGAGCGCUUGUUUGGUGAUGGGCUUUUGAAAGUCCUUGUUUGUACAGCAACUUUGGCUUGGGGAGUAAACUUACCAGCUCACACAGUUGUUAUAAAGGGCACACAGCUAUAUGAUCCUAAAGCUGGUGGGUGGCGAGAUCUGGGGAUGCUUGAUGUGAUGCAGAUCUUCGGACGUGCUGGAAGGCCACAGUUCGAUAAAAGUGGUGAAGGAAUUAUUAUUACAACACAUGACAAAUUGGCUUAUUACUUACGGUUAUUGACAAGUCAGCUUCCAAUAGAGAGCCAGUUCCUUGGAUCUCUGAAAGAUAAUUUAAAUGCUGAGGUUGCCUUGGGCACUGUAACAAAUGUCAGGGAGGCCUGUGCCUGGCUUGGCUAUACAUACUUAUUUAUAAGGAUGAAGACUAAUCCUCUGGUUUAUGGAAUAACUUGGGAAGAGGUUUUGGGAGAUCCUUCUAUGGGCGCGAAACAAAGAACAUUCAUUAUUGAUGCUGCACGUGCACUAGACAAAGCUAAGAUGAUGCGCUACGAUGAAAAGAGUGGAAACUUUUACUGCACAGAACUUGGUCGAAUUGCAAGCCACUUUUACCUUCAGUACUCCAGUGUUGAGACUUACAAUGAGAUGCUUCGACGUCACAUGAGUGAAAGUGAGGUGAUUACUAUGGUGGCCCAUUCCUCUGAAUUUGAAAAUAUUGUAGUGAGAGAAGAAGAACAGGAUGAAUUAGAAGCCCUUGCUAGGAAAGCGUGCCCCUUGGAAAUUAAGGGCGGGCCGACUGACAAACAUGGGAAAAUUUCAAUUCUCAUACAGGUUUAUAUUUCCCGUGCUCCAAUUGAUAGCUCCUCUUUACAUUCUGAUGCUCAAUACAUUAGUCAAAGUCUGGCUCGCAUAAUGAGGGCACUAUUUGAGAUUUGUCUGUGUCGGGGGUGGUCUGAGAUGUCAUCCUUAUUCCUAGAAUAUUGCAAGGCCGUGGACCGCAAAAUAUGGCCUCAUCUCCAUCCACUUAGGCAGUUUGAUAAGGAUCUUUCUCCUCAGAUAUUGUGGAAACUUGAGGAAAGAAAUGUUGAUCUGGAUCGCCUUUAUGAGAUGGAGGAAAAUGAAAUUGGAGCACUGAUCCGGUUUUCUCACCAGGGAAAGCUGGUUAAGCAAUAUGUUGGAUACUUCCCAUAUGUCAACUUAUCUGCAAUUGUGAGCCCAAUCACUAGGACGGUUCUUAAAGUUGACCUGCAUAUAACGCCUGAUUUUGUGUGGAAAGAUCGUUAUCAUGGCAUGUCGGAACGAUGGUGGAUUAUUGUUGAGGAUUCUGAAAAUGACACCAUCUAUCACUCUGAGCUAUUCACUCUGACGAAGAAGAUGGCAAGAGGAACACCCACAAAGAUAUCUUUUAAUAUACCAAUAUUUGAACCUCACCCACCACAGUACUAUAUACGAGCCAUAUCAGACUCAUGGUUACAUGCUGAGUCACUCUUUACUGUUUCUUUUCAUAAUCUGACAUUGCCACAGACACAAAUAACGCACACUGAACUUUUGGACUUGAAGCCUCUUCCGCUGAGUGCUCUUGGCAACAAAACAUACGAGGAUCUCUAUAGAUUUUCACAUUUCAAUCCGAUACAAACUCAGGCUUUUCAUGUUCUCUAUCACACGGAUAAUAAUGUACUUUUGGGAGCUCCAACUGGAAGUGGAAAGACAAUUUCAGCGGAACUAGCGAUGCUUCAUCUUUUCAAUACUCAACCGGACAUGAAGGUAGUUUACAUUGCCCCUCUAAAGGCUAUUGUGCGAGAAAGAAUGAAUGAUUGGAGAAAACGUCUUGUAACCCAGCUUGGGAAGAAGAUGGUUGAGAUGACUGGUGACUUCACUCCAGAUUUGAUGGCCCUAUUAUCAGCUGACAUCAUAAUUUCUACCCCUGAAAAAUGGGAUGGGAUUAGUCGAAGUUGGCAUAGCAGAAGCUAUGUUAUGAAGGUGGGGCUCAUGAUAUUGGAUGAGAUACAUCUUUUGGGAGCUGACCGUGGACCCAUCCUUGAGGUCAUUGUAUCAAGAAUGCGAUAUAUAUCGUCACAGACAGAUCGUUCAAUUCGGUUUGUCGGUUUAUCAACAGCAUUAGCAAAUGCUCGUGAUUUAGCUGAUUGGUUGGGCGUUACGGAUGACGGUCUAUUCAAUUUCAAGCCUAGUGUGAGGCCUGUACCUCUUGAAGUGCAUAUCCAGGGAUAUCCUGGGAAAUUCUACUGUCCGAGAAUGAAUAGCAUGAACAAACCAGCUUAUGCAGCCAUAUGCUCUCAUUCACCCAAUAAUCCUGUUCUCAUUUUUGUGUCGUCACGUCGACAGACAAGACUUACAGCCCUUGAUAUCAUUCAGCUUGCAGCAUCAGACGAAAAACCAAGGCAGUUCCUGAGCAUGGAGGACAACUCCCUAAACAUGGUUCUUUCACAAGUUUCUGAUAGUAAUUUGAGGCAUACUCUGCAGUUUGGUAUAGGUCUGCAUCAUGCAGGUUUAAAUGACAGAGACAGAUCCUUGGUUGAGGAACUCUUUUCAAACAAUAGGAUUCAGGUACUGGUAUGUACCAGCACGUUAGCGUGGGGUGUCAAUCUUCCAGCUCAUCUGGUCAUAAUCAAGGGCACUGAAUACUAUGAUGGCAAAACAAAAAGAUACAUUGAUUAUGAUAUCACAGAUAUUCUGCAAAUGAUGGGUCGUGCUGGUCGACCGCAAUACGACCAACAUGGCAAAGCUGUUAUUCUCGUCCAUGAACCAAAAAAGAGCUUUUACAAGAAGUUCCUCUACGAGCCAUUUCCUGUGGAGAGUAAUCUGAGGGAGCACUUGCACGAUCACAUAAAUGCAGAAAUUGUUUCUGGCACCAUCAGCAACAAGGAGGAAGCGAUUAUUUAUCUCACAUGGACUUAUCUAUAUCGCAGAUUGGUUGUUAAUCCAGCCUACUAUGGAUUGGGGGAUACUGAAACAAAUACCUUGAAUUCUUAUCUCUCAAGGUUAGUUGAAACUACAUUUGAAGAUCUUGAGGACAGUGGAUGCAUAAGAGUGGAUGACCACUCUUUAAAGUACUUGAUUUUGGGAAAAAUAGCAUCACAGUAUUACCUUAGCUACCUCACCGUAUCAAUGUUUGGGUCAAAUAUUGGCCCCAAUACAUCAUUGGAAGCCUUUGUGCACAUACUGUCAGCUGCUGCAGAAUUUGAUGAGCUUCCUGUACGCCACAAUGAGGAUAACUUGAAUCGAACACUCAGUGAUAAUGUCCCGUAUCCAGUUGAUCAACACCACCUUGAUGAUCCACAUGUUAAAGCCAACUUACUGUUUCAGGCACAUUUCUCAAGAGCUGAAUUACCAAUUAGCGAUUACGCCACAGACUUGAAAUCAGUUCUCGAUCAGAGCAUACGUAUUAUACAGGCAAUGAUUGACGUAUGUGCCAAUAGUGGAUGGCUUUCAAGUGCAUUGUCUUGCAUGCAUCUCUUGCAGAUGAUCAUACAGGGUCUCUGGUUUGAGAGGGACUCGUCACUCUGGAUGUUGCCAUCCAUGAAUGAUGAUAUUCUAGGUCAUCUCCUGGGUAGAGGAGUCUCAACAGUCUCAGCCUUGCUGGAUUUUUCUCGUGAAGAAUUGCACAGGCUCCUUCGACCAUUUUCUGCAUCAGAGUUGUACCAGGAUCUGCAACAUUUCCCUCAUGUUGAUGUGAAACUUCAGCUUGAGAAUGAACAAGAGCGGUCCAAAUCUCCAACUUUAAACAUCAGGGUGCAAUUGAAAAAUUCACGGCGUUCAGCAUCAAGAGCACUUGCACCUAGAUUUCCCAAGGCAAAACAAGAAGCUUGGUGGUUGGUCCUAGGGAAUGCUACAAACUCAGAGCUGUAUGGUUUAAAAAGAAUUAGUUUUGCAGAUCGGGUGGUUAAUACUCGCAUGGAAUUGCCACAGAUGUUCAAUAUCCAGGAGACGAAACUGAUUUUGGUGUCAGAUUCCUACCAAGGUUUUGACCAGGAGUACUCUCUUGAGCAUCUCACCAAGCGUUGAGAACUUCGUUCACGGUUCAGAUCUGUUUGGCCCACAAUGUUUUUGUAUGUUCUCUAUGAUGGUGGCAGGGUGUUGCCACUCCCAGUUUGUACAUGAUUUUUUGGAAGCCACUGAUGAGUGUCCUGAUCGAGAAUGCAGCAACUGUUGCUUGUCUUCACCUGGGCUGGACUGUCAAUUCUUGUAUUUCAUUUAAGCUGGAUAGAUGAAGUUGAAAGGUGAAUAGAUCCCGCGCCAUGAGUCCGCUGAA